GUCAGCAUUAACACCUCUCUCAGUCCCACACAGGAAGAAGGAAACGUCUGCUCACAGUGUGGGAAGAGCUUCAGGUUACAAAGUGAACUCAAACGACACCAGCGCAUUCACACUGGAGAGAAACCGUAUCAGUGCUCACAGUGUGGGAAGAGUUUUAAUCAACAGAAUCAUCUCAAAAAACACCAGCUCAUUCACACUGGAGAGAAACCGUAUCAGUGCUUAGAGUGUGGGAAGAGUUUUAAUACACAGAGUAAUCUUAAAAAACACCAGCUCAUUCACACUAAAGAGAAACCACAUCAGUGCUUACAGUGUGGGAAGAGCUUCAGGUUACAGAGUAAACUCAAAAUACACCAGCGCAUUCACACUGGAGAGAAACCAUAUCAGUGCUCACAGUGUGGAAAGAGUUUUACCCGACUGAGUUAUCUCAAAGAACAUCAGCGCAUUCACACUGGAGAGAAACCAUAUCAGUGCUCACAGUGUGGAAAGAGUUUUACCCGACUGAGUUAUCUCAAAGAACAUCAGCGCAUUCACACUGGAGAGAAACCGUAUCAAUGCUCACAGUGUGGGAAGCAUUUUUAUCAACAGAGUGCUCUCAAAAAACACCAGCGCAUUCACACUGGAGAGAAACCAUAUCAGUGCUCAGAGUGUGGAAAGAGUUUUAAUACAGUGGGUAGUCUCAAAGAUCACCAGCGCAUUCACACUGGAGAGAAACCGUAUCAGUGCUCAGAGUGUGGUAAGAGUUUUAAUCAACAGAGAAAGCUCAGAAGACACCAGCGCAUUCACACUGGAGAGAAACUGUGUCAAUGCUCACAGUGUGGGAAGAGUUUUAAUCAACUGAGUCAUCUUAAAAGACACCAGCUCAUUCACAUUGAAGAGAAACCGUAUGAGUGCUCACAGUGUGGGAAGAGUUUUAUUACACAGAUUCAUCUUGAAAUACACCAGCGCAUUCACACUGGAGAGAAUGCAUAUCAGUGCUUACAGUGUGGAAAAAGUUUUAUUACACAGAGUCAUCUCAAAAUACACCAGCGCAUUCACACUGGAGAGAAACCGUAUCAGUGCUUAGAGUGUGGGAAGAGUUUUACUCAUCAGUCUCAUCUCAAAUCCCACCAGCUCACUCACACUGGAGAGAAACCGUAUCAGUGCUCAGAGUGUGGAUACAGUUUUAAUACUCGGAGUAAGCUCAAAAUACACCAGCGCGUUCACACUGGAGAGAAACCGUAUCAGUGCUCACAGUGUGAAAAGAGUUUUACUAAUCAGAGUAAUCUCAAAAUACACCAGCGCAUUCACACUGGAGAGAAACCGUACGAGUGCUCACAGUGUGAAAAGAGUUUUACUCAUCAUAGUGCUCUCAAAAAACACCAGCGCAUUCACACUGGAGAGAAACCGUAUCAGUGCUCUGAGUGUGAGAAGAGCUUUAAUAUACGGAGUGACCUCAAAAGGCACCAGCGCGUUCACACUGGAGAGAAACCGUAUCAGUGCUCACAGUGUGGGAAGAGUUUUAAUACACAAGCUCAUCUCAAAAUCCACCAGCGCAUUCACACUGGAGAGAAACCGUAUCAGUGCUCACAGUGUGGGAAGAGUUUUACUACACAAGCUCAUCUUGUAAAACACCAGUGCAUUCACACUGGAGAGAUUAUUGUUUAGUAUAAAUGAACCCACCGGCUCUGCGUUCACCUGCUCAAACACUCACACACCUUCACCUGAGCUCUUAAUCGUGUGUGUUUCAUUAAGUGAGUGAGCAGUUGUGUGCAGGUGAGUAAGUCAGGUGAUCAGGUGGAUUAGUUCUGUAUCCAGGGUGUUUUAAUGUGUAAAUAUAGAGAGGAUGUGAUGUAAUACUGAUCUGCAGGAAGUGCUUACUGAAAAUAAAUGAAUGGAUCACUUUGUUGUCUCGUAUUGACCAUCCUGUUACCUGUUAUGGUUUAGGGUUAGGUUUUGGGUUUGGGUUUGGGUUUAGGGUUA